GUCAUUUAGCAUAGAAUGGCCUCAAGUGUAAACACAAGUUCGGUUUUUUCACUGUUUCUGAACUCACGAUGGUUCUUUGAAUGCAUAUGUAGCCUUUUGUAACCCCCCUUCUGUGUUUCAUUCUACUCUCGGUUUGCAAGAACUUACUUAUCCAUUGGAGCAAAGAAAUUAGAUGGAUUUUAAGAGAAGACAAUUUACUGUCAAAGUCAAAACGUUUUGUUAAAACAUGCCCUCAACACUCCCAGCUGAUCUUACGCUCGAGUGCAAACCACAAGAAAACAAAGAAUAUUAGUGCGUUGACCGUAUAUACAGGGCCAUCCAAUCGGAAGCGCGUUUCGCCUUGAUAGCGACACAUUCGACCAAUCAGAAGGUACGAUACGUAAUCGCCUUUGCUAUCGAUAAAAGUCCUCAGCAGACGACAGAGUGAAGUCAAUCCAUUUUCUCGCAAAUAAUCAGUUAGACUCCAUCCUGCCAUCAUGAAGGUUUCUAUGAUCAUCGCUUGCUUGGCCAUUGUGCCUUUCAUCGUAGCCCAGGCUGCUCCUGUAGUCGAGGAGGAGGAGGCAUACGAUCCCUUUGCAUAUAUCGCCAACUUAUUCAAGGAAAAGACCCAGCAGGCCUUGGACUUAGUGCAGGAGGGCCAUGCUAAAGUGAACGAAUUGUUUACCAGCUUAGAGAUACCAGCCAUCCCGGGCGAGGACCAGUACCCAUCUGCUGAACAACUCAAUGCAGAGUUGGUUGCCCUAACUGAGAAUAUUGAUGCCCUGUCUGAGCAAAUCAAAGAACGCAUUCAGACUGCCAUUGAUGGACUCAACUUUGACCAAUUUGACUUAGACGGUGAACCCGAACCCGAUAGUGAGCCAGAACCAGACAGCGAGCCAGAACCAGAACAACCUAGAUGGUCUUGGCCUUGGUGAUUCCAUCUUUAGGGAUUAGGUCCUUAGAUGCCACCUCUAAUAAUUUAAUUGAAUAGCAUGCGCCUCAUUGACAGUUUGGUCCAGAUUCUCGCGGAGAUAACUACAACAAACAUGUUCAUCGCGAUCGACCCUCAUGAAUCACAUUUUGUUGUCUGCUUGUUACAAAGAGGGAAUUAUACAAUCACCAUGCCUUAUUUUGACAUAUUUCACAGUAAAAACGCUGUUUAAGAUUUUAUACAACGCUGUUUACUAUAUGAACCUUACAGUAUUUGUUUAACCGUUUAAACAAUUAUGUUUAAUUUAUUGAAGAUUAGAUACUGAAAAUUAAACUUUCUUGCUUAAGAUUUAAACACUUGUUUAAACUGUUUAAACAAUUACUGUAAGGUUCAUAUAGUAAACAGCGUUGUAUAAUUUUUUUUUACUGUGUACGUAUAAAACAUAAAUUUGUGACGCCACAGGGUAAAUGUCUUUUAAUGAUGAUAAAAGUUUGAUCGCCAUGUUAGCUAUUUUGGAAGAAGAUUAUUUAUUACGGAUAGUGAAAUUUGAUAAAAUAUGAUAAUGUAUUUGGUAAUAAAUUUUGUUUAAAUUUCCA